AAAAAUUGUUUGCAGCUCGUGGAUGCCCAUGAUGAUUGGUCCAAGAUUCUAACCCAAUAGCAAUGGGUGACGUCACUCAACGGUACUACUGUACCGUACCGUAUGCCUCGCUUCUUGCAACCGUUCCGGAACCGCAACGGUACCAACAGACACUUUCAUCGGCAAUCCAUUGGAAUGCUUUUGGCCUGUUAUUACCAGUGUGUUGAUUGAAGAGUGAAGAGUCGAGUCAUUAUUUUACAAAAAGAGCAGCAUCAUGAGUUUCAACUCGAGUAUCACGGUUGUGGCGGGGUUCAUUAUCUUGGCCAUAUCUGUUGUAUUGUUAUGGUGGCAUUUGGUGGGAGGGGGCACCCCUCAGGAAGAACCCAAUAUCGAAGAAGCCAAAGUGGCCCUUAUCAGCCACGAGACCAAUCUACCAGUACGUUCAGUUGGCUUGGGUAGGCCAGUGCGUGGCAGAGUCCUCUAUUCUAGCAAGGAAAUGGAACAAGACGAGGGUGAUAGGCAUAGAAUUCUUGUUAUCAAGGCCCGAGAGGAACUGGAAGCGAAGAAACAGGCUGAAGAGGAAGAGUUGGAAGCUUUCAAGAAGAAGAGAUUCACCAUGAAGGACGUUCCAGAUUUUUCCUUCAAGAUCGACGAGGGAGACACAUCUGGAUUGGGUUCCUUCAUCUAAGAACUGGAGCAAUGGCUGGGAACGAAUGACACAGACGCAAGAAACGGUUUCUUGCUCUUUGGUUGGGGUGAUUAGAGCAUUCUGUACUUCAGCUGAGCAUCGUGGGGCUUUGUAGCUGUGGAAACUUAUGUUCACACGCAAUGGCUGGACUGCCUCUUGAAUAAUAAUCACUAUGAUAUAUGAG